AUGAUUGUCAAAUAUGAUAAAGACCAUUUCAACUGGCAUGCAGAAACAUUAAGUCCACUACCAUCGCCGCCUUCAUUGGAACGCGAUGAUGAGGAAGAUGAUGAGGACUCGGAUAUUGACAUGGAUAUUGGGAAUCCUGAAACGAUUCCUGAUUAUACCAUGUCAAAUAACAUACAAUUAAUAGGUACUCCAUAUGAAGGGUUGAAGACACAGCCGUUAGGUUUGGAUCCUGCCACAGAUGUCAACUUGAAGCGGCUUUCGGAGACUUUACAACUAGAAUGUAAUUCUUUGGAUGACCAGAGACUAUGUGUUGUGCACCAAGUUAAGCUCGUCAAGACGACUUUUCAGCCCGUCAAAUUGGACUUUUUUUGGUCUGAUGACGAAGACUUGUCACCAUCUAUGCCAAUGGUGGGAUUCAACUUUUACACGGUAUCUAUUAAACUUCCUAGGAAUAAUCCGCUUAUUUGGAAGCACUUUUUACUAAAAUCCCAGUACAACCAGAUGGUCGCCUUUUUGUCACCACACGAGAAAGAACCACGUUAUGAAUCAAGCUACUUAAUGAAAUCUGAAAGAUUAGUUAAUCUCGUGAUGCAUCAGGUCUGGCUACAGGACGUUCGCGAUCAUUAUUCGCGAAAUGAGUCCCUUUUAUUCGAAUUAUCCAAAUUGUACACAUGUUUAUACCAUGAAGUUCAGUCCAGAUACAAUAGCUGCUACUGA